UUCUCGUUGUUGUGUUUACAGUAAUAUCAGGGAGCUCGCAGGGAAACAGGGAGACUAUGAGAAAGCGCAGCAGCUCCAUUCAGCCACAUGGUCUCUCAGCCGCACGGAAGAGCUGCGCUGCUCACAGCCAGGUUCACGUAAGGGACUCGCACUGCUGCGGCCCACAGCGGCGCGCUUUCAGCCUUGCUCUGCGAGUGUUCAGCCGCACAGGCAGUUGAAAAUUAGUUUCCGGAUUAUUAGUUUAAAAAAAAAAAAACUGUCGCUGAGAAGCGCAGAAGAAGAAAAGUUAAGAAGCCCGAGCGUCUCCAAAGCGUGCUGAACUGAAAAGAGAGAGACAGACUUGGAUGGACUUUUUUUGUUUAGAGACCUGCUCACAGCAGUGCUCUGACUCCAACAAGAAGUGAGGAAUACGUUUUUGAAAAACUUUGUGAAAGCACUGAGCGGUGUUUUCAGACACUUUGGAGAGAUAUGGUGCAGCACAUGAGCCAGACAGAGAGCGCCCACGCUCAUUCCCCCGGCGGGGACUCCACGGACACGGGAGAGAUGGACCUGGAGAUGGAUGCGUCUCCUACCCCGGGGUCCCCCUCCUCCCGGGAGCGGAGCGACUUGGCGUGGUGCAAAACUCCGACGGGACACAUCAAGAGACCCAUGAACGCGUUCAUGGUGUGGUCCCAGAUCGAGAGGAGGAAGAUCAUGGAGCAGUCGCCGGACAUGCACAACGCGGAGAUCUCCAAGCGGCUCGGGAAGCGCUGGAAGCUGCUGAAAGACACGGACAAGAUCCCGUUCAUCCGUGAGGCGGAGCGACUCAGGCUCAAACACAUGGCCGACUAUCCAGACUACAAGUACCGGCCCAGGAAGAAAGUGAAGUCGGGGAGCGGGGCGAGUAAGCAGGCGGACCGCGGGGAGAAGAGCGGCGAGCGCGGUGCCAAGUCCGGCGUCAAGAGAAGCCCCGCGUCCAAAGGAGUGAGCAGGACGCACAAGCAGGGGGGCGUGAGGAGCGCGGCGGCGCAGGAGUACGCCUCUCCCGGUGACCACCAGUCGCUCUUUAAAUCCAGGUCGGUGUCCGGGGCCAGGCAGAUCCCAGAGAAGCGCAGCGGAGAGGCUCGGCGCGCGCACAUGUUCGGAGGGGCGGGCAGCCUGGAGAGCGGGCCUCCUUCCGUGGGAGUCCCGGCCAGUCCCGCCCUGAGCAGCUCGGCGGAGUCCAGCGACCCGCUCAGCCUGUACGAGGAGCAGAGCCCGGCGGCCAGCGAGACCUCGCACACCGCGCGCCUCAGGUACACCCGCCCUUCUUCUCCAACACCGUCGGCCUCUCACUCCUCCUCCUCCGUGUCGUCCUCGUCGUCGGAUGAAGAGUUCGAAGACGAGCGGCUCGACCUGAACCCGAGCCCCGGCUUUGAGAGCAUGUCUCUGGGCGGCAUGGGCUUCUCCGACGCGGAGCUGGACCGGGACUUGGACUGGAGCUUCGGGGAGUGCGGGGCGGGCUCUCACUUCGACUUCUCCGACUACUGCACCCCAGAGGUCAGCGAGAUGAUCUCAGGAGACUGGCUGGAGUCCACUAUCUCCAACCUGGUGUUCACCUACUGAAAGGUGGGAGAGAACCGCGACGCCCACCCCACCACCACCACCCGCCCAGCAACGUUUUGAACUGUUCAAACCCACCCCACCCGACACCUCAGACAGGCGUGUGCGUCCACACCAGAAGAUUUCCGCUGUUCUUUCACUAAAAGAGGGAGAGUGAAAACGGGAAAGAAAAAGGUAGGCCUGUGUGCGCGUUGAAGCCCAGGCACGCGCCGCUCACAGACUUGUUGGAACUGCGCUCGGUGCGCUUGACGGGAACGCGCAGACCUGUGGGGAGGAGGGGGGGGAGGUGGGGUGCUUAGUUUGCAUUUGGACUCGGAGGAGGAGUGAAUGUAAGCAGAGAGCAGUGAUACAGACUCGAGCUCGACUGUUCAACCCAAUCCGCACAGGAUGAAGACUGAGACUGAACAUUUGAACAUUGAUGUUAUUUUUGAGGUCGGGACACUUACUGGAGAGCUCGUCAUGUUGGGGUUUUUUGUUUGUUUGUUUAAAGAUAGCCAAUUCACAUUGACCAUCGAGUUGCUAUUCAGGUGUAGUUUUUUUUUCCGAACUAGAAAUGUUUUUAAUAUCAGCAAGCAUGCCCUCCACGUUGAGGAGGAUUUUGUUGUUGUUUUAAAUGCGUAAAAAGGAAGAAAAAAAAAAAGUUCAUUGCUGCGUAAUUACGCAAUUUGUGUGACCAUAGGACUCAAUUCACGAUCACCAGCUUCUCUUUCAACGGCAGGACUUUAAACAUAGACUGACUCCAAACUUCAGAAGCCCCUUUUCUGAACACUUUUUAAAACACUCAGUGCACAAUUCAGGACCAAUGCUUUUUCCUCCCCCCUGACGCGCAUUCUUUCUGCCUAGUGCUUCAACUUUGUAGUUUCUGUGUCAGAUGACGUUUUUUUUAUAUCGAUGUAUUUAUACCGGCCAAACUUUUUUAUACAUAGAAGUAUUGUUCUCGUACAGGUCUCGUUUGUGUUUGUGCACAUAACACCUGUCUGUAUCCAGCGCGGAAGGGCUAGAAGUGUAUCUUAUUUAAAACAAAACAACAAAAAAAAUGUCCGACUUCUCUCACUUUUAUGGAGAUUUGAGUGUGUCAUGAUUUUCUACUUGUAUUUUUGUACAAAAUCUAUAGAGAAAAAAAAGGAGGGGGGACGUUUUUUUUUUUCUUCUUCCGGCGAGUGGGUAGCCUACAACAUUGUUGUUUGGAUCUACAUUGGUGUUUUAGUCGUGCAGAGAGAGGGAGGGGUGGGGGGUUUGUUUGGCACAAUCUGACCUCACAGUGUUUACAGUAUUUACCCACAUGCUUCUUAAUGGCACAGUGACUCCAGCUUCACCAGCGAAGUAAACAAAGCGCCACUGAGGCUCCCAGCCUGAGUGGUGACUGUGUUUCCAGUACAACACAGACCUAAAAGAAAGUUUAGGUGCGAAAGAUCCCAGAGAGUCACUGUUUGGAUAGAGCUAAUACCUCUGUGUGCUUUUUUUUUUUUUUUUUUUUUUUUUUAAAAUUAUGGAGAUAAGUUUUAUUUGAACCACUGGAUGGAAUUUCACACUCAUUCCACUUUUUGCCUAGACUUUUUUGGAGGGAGGGGAGAUGUAUGAAGUGCUUCAUCUGUUAUUGCGCAAAUUGCAUUGAAAAAAAAAAUAGUAUUUAACCUUUCUGUACCUGUUGGCUAAGUAUAGCAGGCUAAUUGUUUUCCUAUAUUAUGGCAUGGCAAAUAGCAUUUGUAUUUCAGAUUCAGGUAUAUGUAGCUAUAGCUGUUGUGUUUAAGAUUUUUAAAGAAUAAUAACGAGAUAUUUAUGUAAACUGACUGUAUUAUAAGCAAAGAUUGUGUGGUUUUUUUAUGUAUGAUGAUGAUGAUUGACAGGCACUAGGACAGCCAUCUUUGGACAUGUUGAAGAUGAUUGUGGUCCAGGAGUUUCUUUCCUUUCUUUUUUUUUUCUUUUCUUAAUUUUUUUUUUAAAGAUUUUUUUUCUAGCGUCCUUUUUUUUUCUUUCAUUUGUGCAAUAUGCUGUGUAUGAUCAUGUUUUGUCCAAUCAUGCCAAUAUCAUUUGAUGUUUUAUGCUCAAAAACCAGCCAAUGUUUGGGUCAAUCACUGCCUCUCAGACCUCUGUACAGAUUGUCGUUUUUUAUUUUUUUUCUUUUCUUCCAAGAAGGAAAUAAAAUCAGCUGGAACUGAAAA